AUGAACGACGUCGACGCGCAGAGAGGACCGAGCGCUAAGAAGGGGAUCAAGGAGAGGGCUCUGUCGCAGGUCUUGUCGCCCGGCAGCCCGAACUAUCUCUAUGAGGGCUGCCUGAGGACCGACGACAUCAGCUUCAGAGAGUCGAAGCCGUACGUCGGGGUGAUGAAGGACAGCUCCGGUUACCUCCUCUGCCAGAUCUACCCAGACGAGAGGGAGGUGCAAGUGUCGGAGAGAAUGACGGCAGAGGCGGUGAGGGUCGCCAUCGAGGAGGCCGGCGUCGCCGAGCCGGUGUUCGAUCAGGGCACGGGUCUGGCAUUCCUGCCGGACCACACGGAGCCAUUAACCGGGUUCCCAUCAUCGGCGUUUCCGGGACAGAUUCUUGCACGCGUGGCUCGGCUGCUGGAACUCGCGGAGUCGGACCUGAUGCACUUCCGCACGGUCACUCGAUCCCCGGAGGGGCGUCCCCGCCCUGUCUACCCGUCUACCGCCCUGCAGAUUGGCCUCCUCAAGAACAAGAACGUGCCAGACCUCGUCCCGUGCCUGCUCCCCGCCGGCUACCCGGCCGCCUGCCACCGCUUCCUGCGGAAGUGGCUCCUGCUGCCCCCGUCCUACCGCCUCGCCGACAGCGCGCACAACCUCUGCAAGCAGCUCGCAUCGCCUGAGCAGGAUUAG